GUCUCCUGUUUCACUGAACCCAGGACUUCACCUACAGACCAGUCUCUCUCUUCAUAGGAGGUGCUUUCUUCUUGCUGAACUUCAAGAAGCAGAAGGAUGCCAUUGUCUCGUUCCCUGUCCAUGACAUCCCUGAGCGGGCUGCUGCCAGCCUGGGAGGAGGACGAGCUGCCUGUGGAAGACCUGCUACUCUUUGAAGUUGCCUGGGAAGUCACCAACAAAGUUGGAGGAAUUUAUACCGUCAUCCAGUCCAAGGCAAAGAUCACAGUGGAUGAAUGGGGUGAGAACUAUUACAUGAUGGGCCCCUACUUGGAACACAACUUCAAGACUCAGGUGGAAGGCUGUGAGCCACCCAACACUGCCGUCCAGAAGGCCAUGGAUGCUCUCAUUCACAAUGGCUGCCAGGUUCAUUUUGGCCGCUGGCUGAUUGAGGGCAGCCCCUACGUGAUCCUUUUUGACAUUGGCUCAGCUGCCUGGAACCUGGAUCGCUGGAAGGGUGACCUGUGGGAGACCUGUCACAUUGGCUUACCGUACCACGAUCGAGAGGCCAACGACUCACUUAUCCUGGGAUCCCUGAUUGCAUGGUUUUUCAAAGAGCUAACAGACCACCUUGGAGACAAACUCAAUGUCAUUGGUCACUUCCAUGAGUGGCAGGCAGGCCCUGGACUCAUUUUGUCUCGCUCUCGCAAGAUUCCCAUGGCAACGAUCUUCACAACACAUGCCACUCUACUGGGAAGGUACCUGUGUGCCGGGAAUGUGGACUUUUACAACAACUUGGAUAAGUUCAACAUUGAUAAGGAGGCAGGCGAGAGGCAGAUCUAUCAUCGGUACUGCCUGGAGCGAGCAGCAGUACACUGUGCUCACGUUUUCACCACAGUGUCCCAGAUCACUGCUGUGGAGGCCAACCACAUGCUGCACAGGAAACCAGAUGUGGUGACACCAAACGGACUGAAUGUGAAGAAGUUCUCCGCCAUGCAUGAGUUUCAGAACAAGCACUCCACCAACAAGGCUCGGAUCCAGGAAUUUGUCAGAGGACACUUUUAUGGGCAUCUUGACUUCAGCUUGGAUAAAACUCUGUUCUUCUUCAUUGCUGGACGGUAUGAGUUUUCCAACAAGGGAGCUGAUAUUUUUCUGGAAUCACUGUCCAGACUCAACUACUUACUGCGGGUUCAUAAAAAUGAUAUGACAGUGGUGGUUUUCUUCAUCAUGCCAGCUAAAACGAACAACUUCAAUGUGGAGUCACUGAAGGGGCAAGCAGUACGCAAGCAACUUUGGGACACAGCUCAUACUGUGAAGGAGAAGUUUGGUAAAAACCUCUAUGAUGCUCUAUUAAAAGGGCAUAUUCCAGAUAUGAAUGCCAUCCUGGACCGAGAUGACUUCACCAUCAUGAAGAGAGCCAUCUAUGCUACCCAGAGACACAGUCUUCCCCCUGUGACGACUCACAACAUGCUGGACGACUCCACAGAUCCCAUCCUGUCCAAUGUCAGACGCAUCGGCCUCUUCAACUCAAGAAACGAUCGAGUCAAGGUCAUCUUCCACCCUGAGUUUCUGUCCUCCACCAGUCCUCUGCUGCCCAUGGACUAUGAGGACUUUGUCCGUGGCUGUAACCUUGGGGUGUUUCCUUCUUACUAUGAACCAUGGGGAUACACACCAGGGGAGUGUACUGUUAUGGGUAUUCCCAGUGUGACCACCAACCUGUCAGGUUUUGGCUGUUUUAUGGAGGAGCAUGUUUCAGACCCUGCAGCCUAUGGUAUCUACAUUGUAGACCGGCGUUUCCGAUCCGCUGAGGAGUCCUGUAACCAGCUGACCCAGUUCAUGUUCAAUUUCUGCCAGCAGUCUCGGCGCCAACGCAUUAUCCAGCGAAACCGAACUGAAAGGCUUUCUGACCUGCUGGACUGGAGAUACCUGGGACGGUUCUACAUAUAUGCCCGCCAUCUGGCCCUCAGCAGAACUUUCCCCGACAAGUUCAAGAUGGAUCCCAAAGCUCCUGUGAAGACAGAAGGUUUCCGGUACCCCCGGCCCUCCUCAGUGCCCCCCUCUCCUUCGGCAUCCGUCCACUCCACCCCACACCACAGUGACGUUGAGGAUGAAAAUGACGAUGAGCCAUACGAUGAAGACGAUGAGGCAGAGAGGGACCGGCUGAACAUCAAGACUCCGUUUGUUCUGGGAAGAGUGCCGGAGGACAAGAAGAAGCAGCCUGGAGAGUCAGGACUCUGAAAGUCACCAAGUGGAACCGGUUUCAUCAGUCCAUGAUUCUAAUUCACAUGUGAAGAAAAAUCAACUGAAAUGCAGUGUAACAUCAACUGCAAACAUCCUGUUCACACAGUUAAUUCCUCUCUUUGUCUUAACUCUAAAAAUAGAUCACACACCAUCAUAGUUCAUCGAUCUGAAGUAAGAUCUGUGUAGGCUGUAAAGGGAAACGAUGUCCUUCUCCUUUCCUCCACCCAGGUUGUUUGCUUGGAAGGAACACACGAUUAUGUCAGAAUUAAACAACAUCUUUAUUUUUACAGACUUCAAAAUGUGUGAACAAGAGAGAAUUGUUUAUAUGUUACCUGACAUCAAGGGGCCCCUGUACAAUACAAUUCUGAUGUGUGUCAAGUCUGUUCCCACACAGACUGUUUUUUCCACCCCGUGACACAUCCUGUUUUCAAUUUAUAUCCAAUCAAUCGGGCACACAUUAUCUGUCAUCUCUUUCAUCUGAGUACAUGACACAUUCCUCUUUCCAUUAGACAAAUUUUAG